ACAUCAUCGACAUGCAGUGGCAAGAAGAGGAGAGAUUCUGGCCAAGGGUGACAGAGACCUCUACCUCCUCCUGGUCCUCCUCCUCGUCCUCCUCUUUUCCCAUCUUGGGAGGUUCAUGUAAGCAACCUCCACUCACUUUCUAAACAUGCAUCUUUACGGAGCUGUACAGUCUGAGGUGUGAUCUCGAGCUCUCCAGUCAUAUCUAAAGGAGGAUUCUGGAGGGGAGAAAAGAGAGGAAGAAACUUCUAAGAAACCCCAAAAAUUGCCACAACCCUCAUUGCUAGUUGACAUCAAGAUUUUCUCCUCAGAAAUGGAGUCAAAAACUGAUAGUGGACCAUCAUCGUUGACCAGUGAAGAGCUGGCUGCUAUUGAAGAUGAAGAGGUUCUCAACAAGAUGUUGGACAAUGCUGAAGAUUUUGAGCAAAGGCGAAUGAUCCGUGCAGCAUUGAGGGACCUGCUGAAGAAAAAAAGAGAUAAACGGGAGCAGGAGAGAGGGUCGAGGCAGCAGGAUUUAAAACAGCAGGGCCUGAGCAAAGGAGGGACAACAGGAGGAGUUGUUAGCAUAGGCAGAGCAUCCAUGAGCCAGCAGCCACCCUUAAACAAGCCACAAAGCAAGCCCUCUCCUUCAGCUUCAACUUCCACAAACAAGACAGCAGGCAGUCAGGCCAGUCCUUCUGCAGCCGCAGCCCAGAAAUGUCCUCCUUCUGCAGCACCCAAUGCUAAGAAUGUCAAGCAGAUGCUUCUUGAUUGGUGCAGAGCCAAAACAGAGCCUUAUGAGGGAGUGGACAUCCAGAAUUUCUCCUCCAGUUGGAAAGACGGCAUCGCCUUCUGCGCUCUGGUACACCGAUUCUUCCCUGAUGCGUUUGAGUACUCCAUCCUCAACCCCAACAAACCCAGGGAGAACUUCCAGCUGGCUUUUAGCACUGCAGAGAGACUGGCUGGCUGCCCCCCUCUGCUGGACGCUGAUGACUUAGUCCGAAUGCACGAACCUGACUGGAAGUGUGUGUACACUUACAUCCAGGAGUUCUACCGCUCCCUGGUGGAGAAAGGCCUGGUCAAAACUAAGAAGAGACUCUGAAGAGCUGAUCUGAUUUCAUACUGUGUUUUUGCAUUUAUAAGCAUGAGCUCACCUCAUUCUGCAGAUUAUUUACAGUGUGUGACGUGUCCGGCUACUGCAUCAUGUGAACGUAAAUGCACAGCAGUCUAAUGUGCAGUAUCUUUGUGUUAGCAGGGACUUAUGGGUGUCCAUGUGCUCUCUGCGGACAGCUGGCGCUUAGGAUCAGUACAUUCCUGUGAGAUUACACAUCUGCAUUAAUCCCAGUCAGAGCCAUAGAGAAGCUGGGAACACUUUUUAUGAUGUUGCUGUUGAGAGCCUGAGUGUGAGUAUUAAAAACGCAGUUAAUAAAUAUCAA